GUGUGAGAUUGCGGCUAGACUAGCUCUAGGCUAGGCUGCUCCUCCUGUGCAUUAUUGGGGACGGGAGACUAAUAGAUCAGCCCGGGGCAGCGACGUCUUGCGAUCUUAGCAGGGCGGGCGGAGGGGACGCAUGGUGGCCUUCGGCAAAAAGCUCGCGGCGGCGGCGGCGGAGGCGCCGUUCGACGCGGCCCACUACUUGGACUACGAAUCGCUGAAGGCGCUCCUCUACGACCUGCAGCCGCUCCACCUGCGCGCGCCCGUCGCCGAGAACGCCCUGAGCCUGGCGGUGGCCCCGGCGACGAACGCCGCGGCGAUGCCGCUCGCGCCGCUCGCCGAGGGAGAGACGCGGACGCGCGGCCACGAGGUCUUCCUCGAGCGCAUGGAUGCCGAGCUGCGGAAGAUGGACGCGUCCGUCCCGGCGCCCGCCCCGCGCGCCCGCCCCGCGCGCCCGCCCCGCGCGCGCGCCCGGAGCGCCCCGCAGCCCGCCCGGCGCGCAGGUUCGCCCACGAGCGCGUGGUCGCCGUGCGGCGCGAGGUCCGCGCGCUCGAGGCGCUCGACGCGGGGGCGGACGUGGGCGCACGCCUGCAGGCGGCCGGCGACGCGUUCCUGGAGGUGGAGCGCUACGUGAACCUGAACGUGACCGCGGUGCGCAAGCUCCUGAAGAAGCACGACAAGGUGCUGCCCGAGCGGCCGUGCGCGGCCUUCUACACGGCGCGCAUGCACGACAUGCGCUGGGUGCGCAACGACUACUCGGACGUCGUCGUGCGCCUGUCGCGCCUCUACGCGGCGCGCGCGCCGGCCGCGGCGCCUGCGGACGGCCCGCGCGGUGUCGUCGACGAGCGGUCGUUCGUGCGCGCCACGACCAAGUACUGGGUGCGGAGCGACGACCUGAGCGCCGUGAAGCUGGCGAUCUCGCGCCACCUCCCCGUGCUCGUGAGCGGCGGCCGCGUCACCGAGGGCGAGUCCAAGGACUCGCAGCUGGUGAACUCGGUCUACCUCGACUCGCCCUCCCUGGAGCUGUACCACGGGCGCCUCGCGAAGCUGCCGGGAGCCGUCGCGCUGCGGCUGCGGUGGUACGGCACGGGCGAGCCGGAGGAGGUCUUCGUCGAGCGGAAGACGCACCGCGACGCGUGGACGGGCGACGCGAGCGUGAAGGAGCGCUUCCGCGUCCUGCCGGGCGACGUCCCCCGCCUGCUGCGCGCCGAGUACGAGCCGCCAGCGGACCUGCCGGCAGCCGAGCGGCGCCUCGCGCGCGAGGUGCAGCGGCUCGUGAGCACCAAGCGCCUCGUGCCGACCGUGCGGUCACAGUGCCACCGCACGGCCUUCCAGCUGGCGCACACGAACGCGGUGCGCGCGUCCAUCGACACGAACCUGUGCCUCAUCAACGAGGUCCAGCGCGAGGACGACGACCACGCGCCGGAGCAGGGGCGGUGGUACCGCGACGCGGCAAGGAGCAUCCCGAGCAGCGACCUGACGCGCUUCCCCUUCGCGGUGCUGGAGCUCAAGCUCGCGCUCGCCGAGGCCGACGACCUGCCGGCGUGGCUUCGGCCCGUGCUGGCCUGUGUGGAAACCAACCAGUGCGGCGGGUGCACCCGACAAUUCUUCACUAAGUCAUUUCUCGGCGAUGACGCGGCCGUCCUGGCUCGGUCGAGCGGCGAGGAACCGGCAUCGCCAUGCAGUCGAGCAGGCGUCGCGCCGAUGGCGUGGAGGACGGACGAGAGCACGCCGCGAAAUUUUGAUUUCCACACAGGUGCUGGCGUCGGGCGCGCUGGCGCCGGUGCACAAGUUCAGCAAAUUCGUGCACGGCUGCGCAGUCCUGCUGCCGGACGAGGUGCAGGCCAUGCCCUACUGGGUUGACGACCCCGCGCUCGCGCCCUCGAUCCGCGCCACGGGCGCCUCCGGGGCGUCGCUCCUCCGGCGGCCAAGCCCGCCGCGACCGCGCGCGGCGCGGCCGUCGAGCGCCUGGGGCGACGCCUCGCCCCGGGGGGGGGCGCCCCCGCGGCCGCGCGCCCAGGGCUGCGGGGCCCACUUCGCGGACUGCUGGGUCGCGCCCCGCGCGCUCGCGGACUGCUGCCCCGGCGGCGACGGCGACCUCCGCGGCGUGCUCGAGAAGCCGUUCGCGCGCCAGAAGAUCGAACCGAAGCUGCACUUCGCCAACGAGCGCACGUUCGUGCACUGGCUUCACGCGGCCGCCCUCCUGGCGGCCUUUGGCGCGGGCGCCGGCGCGCGCACCGACGGCAGCGGGCGCGCGACGGCCUACGCGUGCGGCCUCGGCGCCGGCGCCGCGGCGCUGGCGUGGUAUGCAGCGCUGACGUACCGCUGGCGCGGCGCGCGCAUCGCCGCGCGCGCGCCCGCCGAGUGGGGCGACCCGCACGGUCCGCUGGUGCUGGGCGUCGCCGUCGUGAGUUUCCUGGCCACCGCCUGGUGCGCCGAGGUGCGGGCAUGGCUCGCGCGCGCGUGACCCACCGAUACGGCCCCGCACCCCUCCGGCUCGGGACCCCGGUAUAAAUUUGAAACCUCACCCGGACGGAAGGGAGCUGCACAUACCCCUAAAACACCCGCAAAACAUGGGGAUCCCCCCAGAAUCCCCACCCCAACGGAGCAGACGACGACGGUCCACAUCCCGGCGCUUUGCGCUUUUCAUAGGCCUUCGAUUGCGCGCGCGUCAACCUCGGCAGGGGCUGCGCGCCGGUGGGGUAGAUCCCCUGCCGCCGCUGCCUAUCCCUCAGGCGCCGGAGCUCGACAUUCAAAGCCUCCGCCUUGGGCUUUGCCUUGGGCUUCGCCUCGCGCAGCUUCAAAUUAUAACAGCUCUUGCACAGCCUAUCUUUGGCGCUCUUCAGUUUCGUGCCCGGUUUUGGGUAUUGAUUGCAGACAAUGCACGGGCCAAAACAAGGCGACCUCCUCGGUACCGGCGGGGGAGCGCCGCCUCGCCUACGUUCGUUUGCGACGCGGCGGAGGCGGCGCCUUUUUUCCGCAGUUGGGAGCUUCAAUGUCUUCCCCUUCGCCAUGCUGUUUGGCUGCC